UUUCAGCACAGGCUGUAGAGAGGACCCAGUCCUCUGAAAGAGGCCUGUUAGAGACCACGGGGACGCGCUGAUUCUGGACAUAUAGGUGGACGCAGCGAUGGAGACACUUCCGAUGUUGACUUUUGGUGCAGUUUGACUCUCCCGUGAAUAGCACUGAAAUCAACUUCCUCGGUUUUUUCCUCAUCCUUUCUCCUCCUCCUCCUCCUCCUCCAGAGCGAGGGAUGGAGCAGGCACCCAGCGCGCCCAGCCCUCCCCCAAAGCCGGCCCACCACGAGCCGAUCAGCUUCGGAAUCGACCAGAUUUUGGGAGCUGGUACGGAAACGGAAAACGGGCGCACGCCGGGGAGACAAAGCGGAUCCGAUUUAAGCACCGGGGACGUGUAUUACAGCCUGGGAAGUCCAGCUGGGACCAACGCGCCCUCCUACACCGCGCUGUCCAUCUCCCUCUCCGGGAUCAUGCCCCCGGUGGAGGCGGCAGACUCGUACGGGGAGAGCAGGAGUGCGGGCAGCCGGGGGGUGAUCAGAGUCCCGGCGCACAGACCCGUCACGGCCGGGCCCGCCGGGCCCGCGCAGGGCACUGUGCCCGGGUUCGGAGGGCUGUGCUUCCCCUGGAUAGGAAACCGCUUCGCCAAGGACAGAAUAUCAGCAGCUCUCGUGCCGUUCGCUGUCACACGGCGGAUAGGACACCCGUAUCAGAACCGGACACCACCGAAGCGGAAAAAGCCUCGGACCUCAUUCUCCAGAGUCCAGAUCUGCGAGCUGGAGAAGCGCUUCCACCGGCAGAAGUACCUGGCCAGCGCCGAGCGCGCAGCUCUGGCCAAGAGCCUGAAGAUGACGGACGCGCAGGUCAAAACCUGGUUUCAGAAUCGAAGGACCAAGUGGAGGAGACAGACAGCCGAGGAGCGGGAGGCGGAGCGUCAGCAGGCCAACCGGCUCAUCCUGCAGCUGCAGCAGUCCGCCCUCCAGAAGUCCCUGAGCGAAUCCGCGGUGUCGGAUCCCCUGUGCGCCCACAACUCCUCCCUGUACGCCCUGCAGAACCUGCAGCCGUGGGCCGAGGAAAGGGAAUAGGGACCAUGCGGUCACCACGCGCAAAUCACGACUGUGGGACUUAUGUUGAUCGUUUGUACGUGGUGAAAAAAAAGAAUGACUAGUAAAAAAAAAAAAAAAAAACGACACCCUUUUGAGAGGAUUUUGGAAAAGGACAUGAAAUGUUGGUGAGUCAUGCGCGUGUACAAGCACAAAACGAGAUGGACCAUUUCUGUAGAUCCAUUUGCAACCAGCAAAACUUUUCAAAUUAAAAUGUGAGCUGACCCAGACCUGUUCUUAAAUUUUCCAGUCCAGCCUGUAAUUGUCCUCUUAUGCUUGUAAUUAUUCUAAUUAAUAGAAUAAGACGGGAAUAUUGUGGGUUAUAGAGUCUACACGGGGAUGUUAAUAAUUCUCCCCAGAAAAAAACUCCAGAUUAAAUCGUUUGUGUAGGUGUCCUCUCUUAUCCCAACCAUGUCUUUAUUCUGAAGCAGAUUAUUUGACAGUGGGCUGCGAUUUAACCAUCAAUACAGCAAAAUGCAAGCAUCCACUUUUAAAUAAAUGAUACUCUGGAAAAUACACAAUUUCUUAAACAACAUUAAUAAAAAAGAAAAUAGCUGUACCUUUUAUUAUUUUUGUUUUUUACUAGUGCUUGAAUCAGAUGUCUAUAUUCAUAAAGAACCAGACAAAUCACCUGCACAUAUAUUGUGCAACAUUUGGCUCAUGCAAAAUGAAGCACAAAUGCUUGGUUGUGUGGGAAGAAUACUAUUUUGGGUAGUAAUGAAAGAAAAACAGGCAUCAGGAAGGUGGUAAAACUAAAUCUAGAAAAGGCUGUAAAGUGGGUAAUAAAGGAAGUGAUGCAUGUUCAGUGAUGGUGGUGAAGUCUUUUCAUAUGCACAUUGCUUCAUUUGUGGGUUUUAAAUCGAGGGACAACCUCUUUUUUGUACUUUCACUGUACAUGUGUAAAUAACAGUAUAAAAUGUUGUUGUGACCCCUUUUUGCUCAUGCUUUUUCUGAUCCACGAUGAAACAUAAUUAUAAGGUUUUUAGCCUUUUCUGAGGGACUUUAUAUUGAACCAUAUGGAGUAACAUGAUGACAAAUGACAUGAGUUUAUUUCUUGAAAAGUUUAUUGAUAAAUAUAAUGACUUUAUACAAUAUUUCAAUACACACAUAAUUUUCAUUCUGUGUCUGUCUGUAUGCCUGACUAUCAGUCUGCCUUUCUGUCUGUCAUUCUUGUCUGGGUACAUUUAAGAAAAGCCGCAACAUAUUUUCAUGGCAUUAUUGGUAGCACAGUGAGAGAAAGCAAAAUUAUUUAUUAUCUUCAGAACAAUGGCUCUUGUUGAAUCAUGGCUUCCGUCCCUCCAGUCAGUGAUUAGGUCCCAUCUCCUUUGCUGUUGUCCGAUCUUUGUCUUCCUCCCUGCAUAUUCUUUCACAGUGAAACGUCGGUUGCUCUCAGUCAACAUUUCUA